AUGCAAAUUACGAGGUGGCGAGGAAGGGCCACCAACUUCGUGUGGCCGGGAAGUGCUGUGCGGCAGCCGCUGACGUUCUACAAGAUGAGGGACAAGUACAAGACCGAGGAGGAAAAACGGUACUCUGGCUAUCUCGAGCUGAUAAAAGAGGCCACCGGCCUGGACGAACAGGGUUUGUGCGAUUUGGACAUAGUGCUCCGGGCUGCCCGAUACCCCAAGGCCCACAUCUCAGAGUCUGACAAGGAGACGGCGCAUGUUUCAGAGAUCAAGGGCUAUGUUGGCGAGAUAGUGAAUGCCUCCAACGCCACUGUCACACACAAACUGAUGGAUUUCUUGGCCUCAUUCUCCACCGGAGGGAAGCUCUUUGUGCCGGAUACACACGAGACAAUAGCCAAGAAGUUGGAACUGCUCAACAAGGUGGGCAAUGGAAGCUAA